UUUUGAAAACCUUAAGUGAAAGACGUGCACCGUUGAGCGGAAAAUAAUAUGAUUGCAGAUAAUUAAUCCGAUGUCAUUCACCGUCACAUAACAAUGAUUAAGCUGUUGGUACUUUUGCUGGGCAUCUUCCGUAUGUCAAGUGCGCAAGGACCCAGGGACACCUGCCCAAAUUACUUUGCAUAUAAUUCAGACACGUCUGGCGGUACCUUGUCUAUUCCCCCGCCACAGGGAGCUAAUAGAGUGAACUUGGUCGUCGAGUACAUGGUCCACGUUCCCCUUGACAACAGUUACAGAGGACACCUUAGUUUGGCCGAGCAUGAAAAUGAAAUUAACCGCCGCUUGCAGAGCAACAACAGAUCGCCUAUCAAAUACCAACUGAAGUUUCCAGUUAGGUUUCCUUUACCAUACCUAACCAAAAUAAUAGUUAACAAUGAAAUGUUGUGUAACUACGUGCCAGGCAAUGUGCAAGGACCUUCCACGACACAGAAGCUCUACCACGAUUUUAAGCUCGAAUCACAGGCAACUUUCAGUCAACAACCUCAAAAUCAACAAUUUUCAAACGUAAAUCGCAACCAGAACUAUCAGAAUAAUUAUAAUUAUGCCUACCAGCAACAACAAAAUCCUGCUCCCGCACCAGCGGCAUUCCAAUAUUAUUCAACAACUCGGCGCCCUGUUGUGACAAGUGUGACAACUUCGGCCCCUUGUCCACAAAAUUUUUAUACCCAACCGCCAAAGUGCGUGUGUAGUUGUCCCCGCAUCCCACCGACGCCACCUCCUGUUCAAUGUCCAUCAGUGGUGGAAGCGGAAGAAAAACCUCAAGAGAUCCAAAAAUUCAGAGGUUGUGGAAUUUCAUCGUCAACGAAAUUUCUCGUCCUGAAUGGCGACACCGUGACCAGAGGUUCGUACCCUUGGUUGAGUGCAAUUUACGAAACAACCGGCACUGGAUUGCAAUUUGUGUGUGGAGGAACUCUUGUUUCGAAGAAGCACGUUCUUACCGCUGCUCACUGUGUAUCAAAGGCAGGCGAAAGAUAUGCACAAAGUACGAAAAAUGUGAUCGUAUAUCUUGGGAAGCACAACAUUGUCAGUUUUACAGAGGGAGCAGUAGCACUAGACAUAAAGAGCAUAAAAAACCAUCCUGGAUACACAGGAGACGCCCUGAAUGCAGGCGUCGAUUUGUCUGUCAUCACCUUCCAAACCGAAGUAACAUUUGGGCCAUACAUCAGACCAAUUUGUCUUUGGAAUCCAGUCAGGGACUAUCGAAAUUCAGGACAGGUGGUCGGCUGGGGCCGAGAUGGCUUUGGGAAAGUUGUGUCUCCGAUUCCCAAAGAAGCGAAAUUGUCGGUCGUAGCAAACUCAAUUUGCAGGAAGGACCCUGACCUUGCCAGAAUCAUGACGAACACGACAUUCUGCGCCGGAUCAACGGAGAAUAAUGGCCCAUGCAAGGGAGACAGUGGUGGAGGACUUUACAUUUGGUCCGAGAGACCAAGAAAGUGGUACAUCCGUGGCAUCGUCAGCCAGGCUUUGUGGGACCCAAGCUACAACACUUGCGACCUCAGCAAAAAUGUCUUAUUCACGGAUGUCAGCAAGACCUUGUCCUGGAUAACUGACCAAAUUGUUAGAGAAAACAGCCUCAUAAGAGAUGACGAAUUUUUGUAAUUGUUUCUUAAAUUUUAAUUAGAGCAAAUUGCAGAAAUUAUAUUUAUUUUAAAAGAAAAACGUAUAAUACCUCAAAGUAUAAAAAUAAAUUCAUUCUUGAUUUUAACAUUUAACAAAAAUGUUUGAUUAAAUUAUCAGAGAUAAAUCUCACUACAUUAGGAAUUUUUAGGAAAUUGCCAAACAUUAAGUGGCAUUCUGUGGCUACAUUAUAUGAGAGAUUGUAAUAGUGCUUGGCUAAAAAUAAUUAAAAACUUAAUAGAAAUUAAGAUAAAUCUUGCUAAUAACAAGGCACAAAUAUUUUCCUGCCGGUUCUCUGAGCUAGACCAAUCAUGAAUAUUUUAAUUAAAAUGAUAUUGUUGAAUAAGAAUGCAUGAAUUUUUUAUCAGGCAACAAAUUGUAACAAAGUU